AUGGCGCGAGGAGAGCCCGUUUUCGCGGGCCCGGCGCUGCGACUGGACAGAAGCGCACUGGAAUCCGCGCAGAACGACAUUUCUAAAGAUUCUGGGUAUGCUUCUCGGACUGUACUGGGUCACGGAUCUGCGCCGGAUGGUCCGCAAGUUCAAACAAAAUACGGAAUGCUGAAGGGGCUUACAGUAGACAAGGCGCACAUAUUUUAUGGAAUCCCGUUUGCUGACCCACCAGUUGGCGAGAGGCGGUGGAAGCCCCCCGCCGCGGUAACGCCCUGGAAAGGAGUGCACGAUUGCACCUUCCCGAGACCCGCCUGUAUGCAGGCAUGCAGUGGACCCAUCUCUGACGAGUGCCCCGCAAAGGUCAGUGAAGACUGUCUAUACCUCAACAUCUUUGUGCCAUUGGACAUUGAUUUGAAGUCUCCGCUGUUGAAACCUCUGCCGGUGAUGGUGUGGAUCCAUGGAGGGGACUUCAUCGCUGGCUCGGCCUCCAAACCCUUAUAUGACGGGAGGUUCAUCAGCAAUUUCACCCACACUGUGGUGGUGAGCCUGGAGUACCGGCUUGGUGCCUUUGGUUUCCUUGUCUCUGGGAAAAAUCCAAAAAUAUCAGCCACAGGGAACUAUGGGAUCCUGGAUCAGCAAGCGGCACUUCUGUGGGUUCAGCAGAACAUUGCUGUGUUCGGAGGGAAUCCCAACAGGGUUACUAUAUUCGGAGAGAGUGCGGGAGCACAGUCUGUGAGCCUCCACCUCACACUGCAGAGCAGUCAGCUUCUGUUCCAGCAGGCUGUGUCCCAGAGCCUUCCAUUCUCCAUCCCUCUGAAGACCAGGCAUGAAGCCCUGAAGUUGGGGAAGCACUUUGCUAAGCUGGCUAACUGCACGGUGAAGGACUGGGCCUGUCUGCGCGCCCUCAGUGCACAGGAAGUGCUCGCUGCUCAGGUGAAAGCAGGUUCAAAAAUCGUGAACCCCUUCAGAUUUCUGGAGAUAUUUGAGACGUGGGGGCCCUUCAUGGACAUGGUGCUGUUCAAAGAGCAGCCGAUCGCUGCUUUCCAGAAGGGGCAUUGGCAGAAGGACAAGCCGGUUCUCCUGGGCACUACAUCUGAAGAGGGGGUGAUAUUUGUGUAUGGAGUCUUCACCAAACCGGUCUCUGCGCUGGAGUGUUCUGUCUACACCACCGCUAUUUUCAAACACCACGCUCUGCAUGUUCUUCACAAGUACAUCCCUCUGUACAAGGACACCGACCGCCGCACAAUGCUCGCACAGAUAGUGACAGACUACGUGUUCGUGUGCCCGACGCGGCGGGCGGCUCGUGCGAUGGCGAGUGAGGGUGGGGCGGUGUGGCUGUAUGUGUUCGACCACGCCAUGGCAGAUCAUCGCGUGUGGGCGGGGCUCAGCUUCUGCUACGGGCACGUGUGCCACGGGGCGGAGCUCCCCCUGCUCUUCAGCUCUGCCUCUGUGGCCAACUUCUCCCUCACCCCGCCCGAGCAGCUCCUGGCCAAUCGCAUGCUGUGCUCCUGGGGGGCCUUCGCCCACAGCGCCGACCCGUCCUCUCCCGCCCAGCAGACGCCCUUCUGCCAGCGGCAGCACCCCCUGCCCUGGCCCCGCUACUCCAACCCCGCCGGCUGGCUGAUGAUGAACCUGACUCUGCGCUCGCACGCCCAGCCCGGCUUCAGAGACCAGCUCUGUGACUUCUGGGACAAACUGGGCCUCUACUAG